UCUCAUUCCCUCCAGUCAUUCGUUGGAUUGGUUUUGCUGCUCCACCGCAUCAGAGCCUCGACCCAAUUUAGAGCCAUUGAUUGUCGAAUUUGCACCAUGCUUUUUCUUGUCAACCGCCGCCUGGGUUGGUUGAUUACCGCGAAGCGACUCCCACGGCUCCACUUCGAAACAACGCGAACUCAUAUCCGCCUGUCAUCAUGGAUGCAUAUCGAGGGACUAUCCUCUCUUGAGCUUCGCCCCCUGAUCAAUAAGCGGAUUUCCAGUCAUUCCGCUGGUCCCUGAAUGCGUGGUUGAUUGAUAACAAAGGUGAUUAAGUGGAUCCCGUCUCGGCCUCUCGGACUCGGACAUAGCUGGGUUUGCUUCCUCCGUUUCCUUUCUAGGCUCCACUCUCAUCAUGAUCCGGCCUUAUAACGCUGGGGCUAGCUGCUGGUCGUAACGAGCAUCGAGAGAGAAUUUUCUGACCCUUUUCUUUUCUACCUCCCACUUGGGUUGAUGUUUGAUCUCCCAUCCCCCUAUUGAAGGAGAUCUCACCGCAUUUUCCCCCUGUUCGUCCUCGCGACUGUCUGCCCGCCAUGGAGGGCCAAUUCCUGCGGCCGGAUAUUAUUCGGGAUGACACCGAUAGUACCGCUACGGUGUUGGGGGAUGAUGCAUCCACACGCAAAGAGGUCAAUGUCGACCAGAACAAAGAAUGGAGCCUCUUACCCGUGGUGAAGCGGCAGCACCAGCGCGACCUCGACUCUGGAUUCAAACCGCGAGAGCUGGGUGUCACAUGGAAGGACUUGAGUGUCGAGGUCGUUAGUGCCGAAGCCGCCGUCAACGAAAACUUUCUCUCCCAGUUCAACAUUCCGCAACAAAUCAAAGAGUCCCGCAAUAAACCGCCCCUUCGACGAAUCCUCGACAGCAGCCAUGGUUGUGUCAAGCCCGGGGAGAUGCUCCUGGUCUUGGGUCGUCCCGGGUCCGGGUGUACCACCCUCCUCAAGAUGUUGUCCAACCGUCGGGGUGGGUAUCGGUCCGUUGAAGGGGAUGUCCGCUAUGGGUCUCUGUCCGCCAAAGAGGUAGGGAGCUACCGCGGCCAGAUCGUCAUGAACACCGAGGAGGAACUCUUCUUUCCCUCCCUGACCGUCGGCCAAACCAUGGACUUUGCCACCCGCCUGAAGAUCCCCUUCAACCUCCCCAAGGGGGUCGAGUCACACGAGGCCUUUCGCCAGGAGAUCAAGGACUUCCUGCUCGAGUCGAUGGGCAUCUCCCAUACCACCGACACCAAGGUCGGCAACGAGUACGUGCGCGGUGUGUCGGGUGGUGAGCGCAAGCGUGUCUCCAUCAUCGAGUGCCUGGCCACGCGGGGUUCCCUCUUCUGUUGGGACAACAGCACCCGGGGUCUGGACGCCAGUACGGCCCUGGAAUGGACCAAGGCCAUGCGUGCCAUGACCGACGUCUUGGGCCUGUCCACCGUUGCCACCCUGUACCAGGCGGGCAAUGGAAUUUACGAACAGUUUGACAAGGUGUUAGUCCUGGACGAGGGCAAGGAGAUCUACUACGGCCCUAUAGCCGAGGCACGGCCCUUCAUGGAAGAACUGGGCUUCGUGUGUGGCGAUGGCUCCAACGUGGGGGAUUACCUGACGGGCGUCACGGUGCCGACGGAGCGCAAGAUCCGCCCCGGCUACGAGGGCCGUUUCCCCCGCAAUGGCGCCGAGGUGUUGGCGGCCUAUGAGAAGUCCGCCAUUCGGGAUCGGAUGGCGACAGAAUACGACUAUCCCGACUCGGAAUUGGCCAAGACGCGAACCGAGGACUUCAAACUGUCCGUGGCGGGGGAGAAAUCGAAGCGCCUUCCCAAUCAGAGCCUCUUCACCGUGGAUUUUCUCGACCAGGUCAAGGCCUGCGUGGCCCGACAGUAUCAGAUCCUGUGGGGCGACAAGGCGACCUUCUUCAUCAAACAGCUGUCGACGCUCAUUCAAGCCCUGAUCGCGGGUUCCCUCUUCUACAUGGCCCCGGAACACUCCGGCGGCCUCUUCGUCAAAUCCGGUGCCUUGUUCUUCUCGCUGCUCUACAACAGUCUGUUGGCCAUGUCUGAAGUGACUGAAUCCUUCAGCGGCCGCCCGGUCCUGAUCAAGCAUAAAAGUUUCGCGUUUUUCCACCCCGCCGCAUUUUGCAUCGCGCAGAUCGCGGCCGACAUCCCCGUGCUUCUGUUUCAAAUUAGCGUCUUUUCUGUCGUCGUCUACUUCAUGUCGGGUCUGACAUUGUCGGCGAGCGGUUUCUUCACGUACUGGUUUUUGGUAUUCACCGCCACUAUGGCUAUGACCGCGCUAUUCCGUGCUGUCGGCGCGCUAUUUAGCACCUUUGACGGUGCGUCGAAGGUGUCCGGUUUCCUCAUCUCCGCCCUGAUUAUGUAUACCGGAUACAUGAUCCAGAAACCGCAGAUGCAUCCCUGGUUUGGUUGGAUCUUUUGGAUCAACCCGAUGGCCUACGGUUUCGACGCCCUGUUGUCCAACGAGUUUCACGGGAAGACGAUCCCCUGUGCUGGUCCGAACCUGAUUCCGAGCGGCCCUGGUUACACGGAUCCUGCCCACCAAGCCUGUGCGGGUGUGGGAGGUGCCCUUCCGGGCCAGAAUUACGUGACUGGCGAACAAUAUCUAUCGUCUCUCUCCUACAGCCACACCCACGUGUGGCGCAACCUCGGUAUCCUGUGGGCCUGGUGGGCUCUCUUUGCCGGCGUUACCAUCGUCGCCACGUCGCGCUGGAAGGCCGCAUCGGAGAACGGUAGUCUGCUGUUGAUUCCCCGUGAGCGUCUUGACAAGCACCGUCAGGUGGCCCACCUGGACGAGGAGUCUCAGGACGAGAAGGGUGCCAAAACCCCGCAGGACUCCAGCUCCCAGACGGAGGACGACAUCGACAAGCAGUUGGUUCGUAACACUUCGGUGUUCACCUGGAAAAACUUGACCUAUACCGUGAAGACCCCCACUGGCGACCGUGUUCUUCUCAACGAUGUGUACGGCUGGGUGAAGCCCGGUAUGCUGGGUGCCCUCAUGGGCUCCUCAGGCGCGGGCAAGACAACCCUGUUGGAUGUCCUGGCCCAGCGCAAAACGACAGGCACCAUCAACGGUUCGAUUUUGGUCGACGGCCGCCCGCUGCCCGUCUCGUUCCAGCGUUCCGCCGGUUACUGCGAGCAGCUUGAUGUCCACGAACCGUUCGCGACCGUCCGUGAGGCCCUCGAGUUCUCUGCCCUCCUCCGCCAGUCCCGCGACACCCCCCGCGAGGAGAAGUUGAAAUACGUGGACACCAUCAUUGACCUGCUGGAGUUGCACGACAUUGCCGAUACGCUCAUCGGACGUGUCGGGUCCGGCCUCAGUGUCGAACAGCGCAAGCGUGUGACCAUCGGCGUCGAGCUGGUAUCCAAGCCGAGCAUCCUGAUUUUCCUGGACGAACCCACCUCCGGUCUUGACGGCCAGUCCGCCUACAACACGGUCCGCUUCCUGCGCAAACUGGCUGACGUCGGCCAAGCGGUCCUCGUCACCAUCCACCAGCCCUCCGCGCAACUGUUCGCCGAAUUCGACACCCUUCUUCUGCUCGCCAAGGGCGGCAAGACCGUCUAUUUCGGCGACAUCGGUAACAACGGCCAGACCGUCAAGGACUACUUUUCCCGCUACGGCGCUCCCUGCCCGGCCAACGCUAACCCCGCCGAACACAUGAUUGACGUCGUCUCCGGCGUCCUCUCCCAGGGCCGCGAUUGGAACCAAGUCUGGCUCGAGUCCCCCGAGAAUGCCCGCGCCUCCAAGGAACUGGACGAGAUCGUCUCGGACGCCGCGUCUAAGCCCCCCGGCACUCUCGACGACGGCCACGAGUUCGCCCUGCCCCUGUGGCAACAGACCAAGAUCGUCUCCCAGCGCAUGUCUCUCGCCAUCUUCCGCAACAACGACUACACUAACAACAAGAUGGCGCUGCAUAUCGGCUCCGCCCUCUUCAACGGCUUCUCGUUCUGGAUGAUUGGAGACUCGGUCGGAUCAAUGCAGCUGCGACUUUUCACGGUGUUCAACUUCAUCUUCGUAGCGCCCGGUGUCAUCAACCAGCUGCAACCCCUCUUCCUGGAACGACGAGACAUCUACGAUGCGCGCGAAAAGAAAUCCAAGAUGUACUCGUGGGUGGCAUUCGUGACCGCCUUGAUCGUCUCCGAGAUCCCGUACCUGUGUCUCUGUGCCGUGCUGUACUUCGCCUGCUGGUACUACACCGUCGGGUUCCCGACCGACUCCGACGCCGCCGGCGCCGUCUUCUUCGUCAUGCUGAUGUACGAAUUCGUCUACACGGGCAUCGGGCAAUUCGUCUCCGCCUACGCCCCCAACGCCAUCUUCGCCUCGCUCAUCAACCCCCUCAUCAUCGGAACCCUCGCCUCCUUCUGCGGUGUGCUCGUGCCCUACGAGCAGAUUCAGGCCUUCUGGCGCUACUGGAUCUACUGGAUGAACCCGUUCAACUACCUCAUGGGCUCGAUUCUAACCUUCACCAUCUACAACGUCGACGUCCACUGCGAUGAGUCCGAAUUCGCCCUGUUCAAUCCCCCCAACGGCACAACCUGCGGCGAGUACCUUUCUGACUUCAUGCACGGCAUGGGCGCCAACAUGAACCUCGUUGAUCCUUCGGCUACGUCCGACUGCCGCGUCUGCCAGUACUCAAGCGGCAGCGACUACCUGGCGACUAUCAACCUGAAGGACUACUACUACGGGUGGCGCGACGCGGCCGUGGUAGCCAUCUUCGCUAUCUCGUCGUAUGCGCUUGUGUACGUGUUGAUGAAGCUGCGGACCAAGGCGUCGAAGAAGGCAGAGUAAUCAAUCGAUUACUCAACAUACCUCACCAUAUCCUCUUUCAUUUCUUUUUUCCCCCUUUCUCCUUUAUUCCUCAUCCAGUCCACCCCUAUGGACAUGGAGACUAUUCAAAAUCCUAAUAUCGCAUUAUCAUGUUCUAUUCCCGCUCACACCUAUUUUUACCCACCCACCCGACCAGCACAGCUAGCGUCGCCAGACGACGACUAUUCACUCACCCACUCAAUCGCAUUGUGGAGUUUGUUUUCUUCUUGUUUCAUGGCCUGGCUUACCAUGUUAGAUAGAUAUUGAUGAUAAUAGACGGUUGUUGAUUUUGGUGAUAUUGGCGAGGAGUGGGUACAUAAUUUUGUUGAAAUACUAUGCCUUUUUAAC